AUGACGACGGAGAAGAAGGACCCCAAACUCGACCCGAGGGACAAGAAGGACGGCGAGAAGACCGCCGACGAGGACAAGAAGGACGAGGUCGUCGAGGAGAAGCCCGAGCCGCUGAGCGUCGAGGAUGAGAUCCUCAACAACCUCCAGCUCAUCGGAAGAGCUGUGUCGACGAUUGAGCCGCGGUUUACGACUCGUGUCCUGCGCACACUGACGACGCUGCGGAAGCGACUCACGAAGCGCCAGCUCGCCGACGCCAUCACCCGCGCCUUCCCCAAGGGAUCCAAGGUCGGACAGCAGCUCAUUGCCUCGGACCUCUUCCAGGGUCUGCCUGAUACUGCUCCGGAGGCUGAGGCGGAGUCGAUGGACGUCGACGAGACCCCGAAGGAUGGCAAGAAGGACGACUCGAAGGACGCCAAGGACGGCAAGGACUCGAAGGAGGGCAAGAAGGACGCCGUCGCGAAGAAGUACCAGCCGCCCGUGGACCAGACCGGCGAGCUCAUCCCCGAGGGCGUCAUGUACCUCCGUCUUCUGAUCAUUCUGGCCGGUAUCGACGCGGGCCUGAUCGAGAACGCGGGCGCGUUUGCGCUCGAGACGACGGAGCAGAUCCAGGCUGCGAACCGGAGGACGAUGGACCAGAUCGCGGCCAAGGUCUACUUCUAUCUUGCGCGGUGUUACGAGCUCGAGGGCCGGCUGGCCGAGCUGCGUCCGACGCUGCUUGCUGUUCGCCAAACCGCCAAGCUGCGCAAGGACGAGAACCUCGAGAUUACCGUCAUCAACCUCCUGCUCCGCUCCUACCUCGCCUCCAAUCUCUACGACCAGGCCGACAAGCUCCUGUCCAAGAUUGAGAUGCCGACGAGCAGCAACACGGCGCAGACGGCCCGCUGGCUCUUCUACACUGCGCGUCUCCGCGCCGUCCAGCUCAACUAUGCCGGAGCCGCCGACCUGCUGCUGACGGCCAUCCGCCGCGCGCCCAAGGACGAGGUUGCGCCUGGAUUCGUGCAGAUUCUGCACAAGUUCUACAUCGUCACCGAGAUGCUGACGGGCCGUAUCCCGGACCGGGCCAUGUUCCGCCGUCCCGUGCUGCAGGCCGCGCUCGCGCCAUACUUCCAGAUCGUGCAGGCCGUCCGCGUGGGCGACGUCGCCGCGUUCCAGCGCGCCUUCACGACGCACGAGCAGGCCUUCCUCGCCGACAGCACGCACUUCCUCAUCCUCCGCCUGCGCCACUUUGUCAUCCGCACCGCGCUCCGCACCAUCACGCUCGCCUACAGCCGUAUCUCGCUGCGCGAUGUGUGCCUCAAGCUCGGCCUCGACAGCGAGGAGGACACCGAGUACAUCGUGGCCAAGGCGAUCAAGGACCGCGUCAUUGACGCAACGAUCGACCACAAGGGCGGAUACAUGCAGAGCAAGAGCAAGAAGAACAUUUACGAGACGUCCGAGCCCCAGGAGGAGAUCAAGCAGCGCGUCAAGUACGUGCUCGACAUGCACCGCGAGGCGCUCCAGGGCAUGCGCUUCAGCGGCAAUGUGCACCGGAAGGAGCUCGAGACGGCUGCCGACGCGCGGGAGCGCGAUCGCGAGAUUGCCCAGCUGAUCCAGGAGACGGAGGAUGAUCUGGAUGACAUGUAG